AUGCAGCUACACUGGCUUAAAAUUGUAAUCCUGUGUGCUUUGGUUCGUGACGUAUCAGCUGUGGGUUUUUCGGUAACAGAAGGGCCUCCAGGGACAUGUGGUCCACCAGGAACAGGAGGGCCUCCAGGCACAGCUGGGCCGCCAGGAACAGGGGGCCCACCAGGAACAGGGGGCCCACCAGGUAUAAGAGGACCACCAGGAACAGGCGGCCCGCCAGGAACAUCAAGAGGCCCAACAGGUGCAGAUGGCCCUCCAGGUACAGGUGGUCCACCAGGUACAGGAGGGCCUCCUGGCACAGGAGGUUCAUCUGGAACAAGAGGGCCUCCAGGCACAGCUGGGCCGCCAGGAACAGGAGGACCACCAGGGACAAAGGGGGCAUUAGGAACAAGUGGACCACCAGGUACACAGGGACCUCCUGGAACAAGUGGUCCACCAGGUACAGGAGGACCCCCCGGAACAGGAGGACCAUCAGCGACAGGAGGACCACCAGGUACAGGAGCCCCUCAAGGAACCGAAGGGCCACCGGGAACAGAGGGACCACCGGGAACAGAGGGGCCACCAGGAACAGAGGGACCACCGGGAACAGGAGGUCCACCUGGAGCAACAGGGCCAACAGGAACAGGAGGACCACCAGGUACAAGUGGCCCACCAGCAACGAGUGGACCACCGGGCACAGGGGGGACACCAGGGACAAGUGGCCCACCGGCAACAGGAGGGCCACCUGGGACAGGAGGACCACCAGCGACUGGAGGGCCACCUGGAACUGGAGGGCCACCAGGGACAGGAGGACCACCGGCAACUGGAGGGCCACCUGGGACAGGAGGACCACCAGGGACAGGAGGAUCACAGGCAACUGGAGGACCACCUGGAACUGGAGGGCCACCAGGUGCAGGAGGACCAACAGGAACAGGCGGUCCCCCAGGAACCGGAGGUCCACAAGGAAUAAGCACUGGUGGACCCCCAGGUACAGAAGGACCCAAAGGUUUGAAAGGUAUGGUCGGACCGCCUGGUGACAUAAAGGGUCAAAAAGGUCAGAAGGGAAUGGGGGGAAAUGUAGGGAAUUUUGGUGCGACAGGAGAAAUGGGCAUGAAAGGAAUGAAGGGGAUAAAAGGAAUGAAGGGGAUGAGUGCCAUUGGACAGAAAGGACAGAAGGGUGAUACCAUGACAAUGGUGCAAAUGCGUCCUGGAAGACAGCUGAGUCCACCGGGUACCCCUUCAGUGGUCACGAGUUCUGCUGUUACUGCUGGGAUGCAACACGUACCAGUUGACGGGCCUCACGGAAAAUUAAUAGAUGCAGAAGAUAUAAGCCCAGGGGGUCCACCAGGGACAGGUGGUCCACAAGGUACAGGGGGUCCACAUGGAACGGGAGAUCCGCCAGGAACAGGAGGACCACCAGGGACAAAGGGGGCAUUAGGCACAAGUGGACAACCAGGUACUGCAGGUCCUUCUGGCACAGGUGGUCCAGAGGGCACAGGAGGCCCACCAGAAACCAGAGGGACACACGCUACAGGAGGACCACCAGGAACAGGAAGACCGUCAGCAACAGGAGGACCACCAGCAACAGCAGGACCGCCAGGAACUUCCGGGACACUAGGAACAGAGGGGCCAUCGGGAACAGGGGGUCCACCUGGAACAGUAGGGCCACCAGGCAAAACAGGGCCAACAGGAACAGGAGGACCACCAGGUACAAGUGGCCCACCAGCAACGAGUGGAACACCGGGCACAGGGGGGACACCAAGGACAAGUGGCCACCGGGAACAUCCUAUCGCCGCAACAAACAAUGGGGACCUUCUGGUUGAUGUAUCCUGCUGUUAA